GGAGCCGGUGAUCUUCGAGGACGUUGCUAUUUAUCUGAGCCGUGCGGAGUGGGACGCCAUCGAGGUGGAGCAGAAGGACCUGUACUGCAGCGUCAUGCUGGACAACUACGAGCUCUUGACGUCCCUUGGUUACCCAGGCCCCAAACCUGAUGUUUUAUUCCGGCUGGAGCGUGGGGAAGAGCCAUGGGUCUGCACACCGCAGAGCCCAGUGAGGUGGGAUGGAUCCGCCAGCCCUUCUCCAGGACACGAGGGCGACAUGAGCUGGCAGGAGCAGCCUCCCUCACGCUGGUGGCCUGGUGACAGUGGGUCCUGUGUGCUGGAGAAGAGGACAGAGACCCCCCGCCAAGGAGGGCGGUGUGUGCACUGGCGUCUCCGGUCUAGAAGGCUGCUGAACAAGUUCAAGUGUCUCAAGGGUAGGAGCGAGUUGCUGUCAGAGGUGGCUGGCAGAGGAAUGAGGCCACUGGAAAGCCGAGACCAGGCACAAGCGGUCUUCAAGCCUGGGAAGGGAGGAGAAGCAGAGAAUAAACAAGGGGUCACAGCAAAUGUAACCCAAAGCAAAAGAUUCCCACUUUGCCCAGUGGGACAGCAGAACAAAGAGACAGAUCCUCAGCAUCUGUGUGGUGACCCUAGGGAGAAGCUUCAAAGGACUGCCCAAAAAAGUCAACACACCUGGGGAGAAGUGACAUUUCUCCAGGGAAAUGGGGAAGUGUUUGUCAAGGAUUUGAAUGAGAUUAUUUUGGAAGAGCACUGUUACUGCAUGAUGGGUGAGACACGGCUCUUGCAUUACACCCAACAUCUGUGUGCUCUGACGGAACACAACUACCACAAGAACCCCGAGGUGGGUGUCUUGGCACUUCAGGACCACGAAUACUGUCAGGUGCCAGGGUUUCGUUAUCAAGGCAGAGUUGGUAAAAUCCUUCGUCUUGCUGGUAAGCAGCGGGCCACGUUUCACAGGCUGGCAAAGCGAAAAUGCCUAAUAGGGAAAAUCAUCAGGAAAGCCAAGCGUAUUAUGUGGCGUUGCAAGUCUUGGGUCAGCAAGGUGCUGGAGUUUCCUCAGGGUUCCUCUAGCACCAGCUGUCUUCCGGAACUUGCCAUUCCUCCUGCUGAGGCAGAAGAUGGCCCCACAGAAGGAACGUGUGGGGUGUUUAGUCCUCCUGCAAAGCAGGAGGCUGUGUCCCCCCAGCCUCAGAGCAGGGCUGUGUCCCAAGGAGUGACAUCAGCAGCACUUUGCACCCCUGUGGUGUGUUUUGAACCCAUAGCUGCACACCCACCCUCCAGUGCAGCUGCAGAGAUGAAGAUGGAAGCGAAGCACCCUGAGGUGUCCUUGUGCCACAAGGUGCAGUGGGCACAGCUGACCUGGAGCCCUCAUGCAGAGCAAAACGUUGAACUUCUUAAAUCUAAUAAUGUUUCACUGCAUGAUGCUUAUAAAAUGGUGAUGUGGGCUGUCGACCAUGUAUUGGACUCCAUAUGCCAGAACCUGGAGCAUGGUGGCUACUCGUGGUGUAAGGAUGCUUCUUGGCCCGUCAUCGUUCAGACAGACAGCUGAUUGUCAGCAGGUUGGCCAUGACUCUUCCGUCUGUUGAGAGAAACAGUCGGGGCCACCUUCCCGGCAGCAAAACCCACUGAAGAGAGAAGAAACGCUGUGAAAGGUGCAUGGAAGCAGCUUAGUGCAUAUAAAACUCGGCACGUGGUGCCUCGUGGGGAAACUGGGAUUGUCUGGGAAACUUCUGGGAAAAGGCCAAGGGAAAGGGAAGGAUCAGUGUGGGUAAAAGGAGGAAGCACAGGAAAACAGCGAAGGGGGACUUCCCGGCAGCUGCGUGUGAGCAGGCAGCUGGUCGGUAUGUUUUCUAGCAGGGCUGUGCUCGAUCGCUGCGGUCUUUCCUGUCUUCUCAUUAAACUAUUUUAAAUUAUUGUCCAUGUUGUCACACCCUCUGGUCAGCUGUGUGUGGGCUGUGCUCGCAGCCGCCCACUGAGCCCAGGCAGGGAGGAAUCCCCCAGGGUCUUCAAGGCACCAGACUCGGCUGCCAUUAGUGCUUUGCUCUGCUUGAUGCAGGCAGAAUGCCCUGAUUUCUGGGGUUUCCCACUAUUAUUUUGAGCAGAGUGAAUGGAGAGAAAUUUUUAGGGUACAGUAUGACAGGGGGACUAUGUUUUUGUGAUGAGACCUUGCAGCUAUUGCUUGUAAAAGUGGACGGGGACAUACCAUGCAGAACCCUGCAGCAUUCCCUUUCUAAAAAAAAUGAAAAAAAAAAAAUCAUCCGUUCAGCAGAUCCCUGUAACAGGGAUGUUGUAACAGCUACCAACAGGAGAUGGGUCCAUGGCUAGAGGUGAAGCUCCCUGAAUUCAACCAUGGGAGGUGCCAGGAGGAAUUGGUGGGUGUGCGGGAUGCCAGCGAGGAAAACAGCAGCAGGAAGCGCAGUGAGGGAGCCUGGGCUUGGCUGGUGUUCAGAGGGGAGCUGAGUCCCAUGGUGAGGAAAGCAGAGACUAGGACCUUCUGGAGAGAAGAGUCUUGCAGGACCAACAGCGCCCAGGGAACCACAACACUCAUUGCAGACAAGGCUGAGGUGAUUC